GGGCCGCUCAUUCCCAGAGAGGGGGGGAACAUGGUCACCCAGCCCGGAGGGCAGGAGAAAUCGCAGCUUUGUAGCUUCCGCAAGAUCUCAAAACCCUUGAUGGAGAAGAAGAGAAGAGCCAGGAUUAACAUGUCUCUGGAGCAACUGAAGGCGCUGCUAGAAAAGCACUAUUCCCACCACAUCAGAAAGCGCAAACUGGAGAAGGCAGAUAUCCUGGAGCUGAGCGUCAAGUACAUGAAAAGCCUCCAGAGUUCUGUCCAAGGUAAAACCCCUUUUCCUCGCGGGAGUAACAGGCUCUUGGCGUUUGUUGCUGGGUAGAAGGGUCUUGUGUUAAUCGGGAUCGAAGCUCAAUGUUACGGGGUCCCGCUGGUUACAUCCCAAUGAUGCGAGUCCGCGAGUUGUGGUGCAAGGAAACAGAGAAUCUCAGCCGGGGUACCUGGCGCCAGCAGCGGGUCUGGUUACUGGGCUGCCUUUGGCCGAGCCUGGGCUCCCUGGACGCCUCAAGACACUGAUUUGAA